CGCGUCUGACAGUCACAGCAGGGACACUGAAGGACUAUUGUGGACGAAAUCAAAAUGAAAAGGAAUCACGAUUUUAGCUCCUCGGACAGCGAGCUCGAUGAGACUAUUGAGGUGGAGAAGGAGAGCGCAGAUGAGAAUGGGAGUAUGAGCUCUCCUCUGGGCUCCAUGUCCCCCACAACAUCAACUCAGGUGCAGGCGAGGAAAAGGCGUCGAGGAAUUAUUGAGAAGCGGCGUCGGGACAGAAUCAACAACAGCCUGAGUGAGCUCCGCAGGCUGGUUCCCAGCGCCUUUGAGAAACAGGGUUCAGCCAAACUGGAGAAAGCAGAGAUUUUGCAGAUGACUGUCGACCAUCUGAAAAUGCUUCAUGCUGCUGGGGGCAAAGGUUAUUUUGAUGCCCAUGCCCUGGCAAUGGACUACCGUGGUUUGGGUUUCAGGGAGUGCCUGGCUGAGACGGCCCGCUAUCUGAGUAUAAUUGAAGGCUUGGACAGCACAGACCCUCUGCGGAUCCGUCUGGUCUCACACCUCAACAACUACGCCAGUCAAAGAGAGGCCCACUCCGGCCUGAAUCACCUGGCCUGGGGCUCUGCCUUUGGAUCCCCUCCUGCCCACCUGACCCACCCUCUCCUCCUCCAGCACCAACAGGGGGCAGCAUUGGCUCCUUUACCCCGCAGUGCCACCAGCAGCCCACAAACUCCUCUGUCAUCCACCUCCACUUCAUCCUCCUCCUCCUCCUCCUCUUCUUCAUCAUCCACAUCGGUUGCAGAGACUCACAUUCCGGGCAGGCGUAGCGGCAGCGCCACCCCCCACUCAGAUCAAGGCCCGAUCCGCGUUCCCCCCACCUCCGCCGCUCCUACCACCGUCCUUCACCAUGCCUUGGUCCCCUCAUCAGCGUCCAAGCUCUCCCCUCCGCUCCUCUCCUCCCUCUCGGCAUUCCCCUUCCCCUUCAGCGCCUUCCCCAUCAUCUCCCCCACCGCUACUGUCAGCUCCCCUGUACCGACAUCCAGUGUGGGCAAACCCUACAGACCCUGGGGUAUGGAAAUAGGAGCCUUCUGACUGAAGUGAAAACCUCAAAUGCAAUCCACAUAUAGACUCAUAACACAGCUGAGCUGGACUUUCAAGGACAAGACUUUUUAAUAUCCUUGCUAAGAAAGUACUAUUUUUUCUAUGAUGUUGACCUCCCACAGAGGAUAUACCUAUAGCUAUAGGAUUUUUUUUAUUUUCUUGCUAAUGUAUUGUGUUUUGCAUAGAAGAAAAAAACAGUGAGGAGGGAGACCACGACUAAAAAACAGCAAGAGUGAUUUAUUAUGUUGAUUGAUCUGUGUUCCUGCCCACCCCUUUAGAAGUCUCACCCACUGUUGUCAGCCUAUCAGGAAUGGCUUUUCCAGAUGGUCAAGCAGUCGCCUGUCAAGUUCCUCGGCGAAACUCUUUGUUUUCCCUCUGAGCUGAAACACCCAGUGUUGGUGCCCUGGUUACAGAGAGAGGCGGUGUGAAAAGAGGGCUUGAGGUGGUUGAGAGUCACCCCCUUUUUUUUUAGCAUUUUAUGGGGUGGAAUAACCGAAACCAGGUGUUUGUUUGACUAAAUACUGGGAGCAGAAGUUAGCUACCAGCUUGGUUGAAAUCAGCUUAACAGUGAUUUACUCGCAACCUCUGAUGUUCAUUUGGUACUCCAUUGUUAACGCUUCAAGUUACGUUUCCUCCCUGCAGUAAAUUGUCUUUAACAUUGCUGUUAACAAUCAAGGCUUCACAUAUGUUUUUACCAGCUUUUCCACUGUUUUUUUUUGUUUUUUUUUUUUGCAUUUCUCAUGUAACUGAUGCAAGAGGGAUUCCUAUCUCCUAGGCUUACGAAUUAUUUUCUUGUACUAAACAAUAAUAAUCAAGAUGGAGUUCAUCUGUAUCAUCUCUCAGUUGCAGUAAAAUAAUUCAAUACAGUUCAGUUAUUUUGUCUUUGACCUGAGACACAAAGAAAUAUAAUCCUUUCCACCUGUUAUUUUAGUGUCUCCUGAUAAACCUCACUGUGAGUUUGUAUAUUUUAUGGUUGUACAAAGCACAUGCAAGCACUGACAAAUCAGAUUUCUCAGCUUUUCAAAGUCAUUGCUGGUAGUAAUGACA